GGAAAUAUGGUUUUAGGCUGCUGAUGAUUCUCAAGGGAGAUGGAUGCUAGAGGAACUAGAAUCUAGCGGCGUUGAUACUUCCUUUUGUGUGACAGCUAAAGAUGGAGUUUCACAUUUUAAUUACGUCAUUGUAGAUAACCAAACGAAUACUCGCACGUGUAUUUUCACACCAGGAUAUCCUCCUUUGCUCCCAGAUGACCUUACUGAGUCCCUCCUUUUAGAUGUGCUUGAUGGAGUAAGAGUUCUACAUGUAACUGGAAGGUCUCGUGAAACCGAAUUGCUUCUUGCACAAAAGGCACAUAGCAAGAACGUAUCCAUCUUAAUCAAUGCAGAGAAAAGAAGGGAGGGACUAGAUAAGCUCCUUGACUUAGCUGAUUAUGCCAUUUGCUCUACUCACUUCCCUCAGGAUUGGACUGAGUCACCAACAUCCCCUAGUGCGCUUCUCUCUAUGCUCAUUAGAUUACCGAAGCUAAAAUUUGUGAUCGUGACUUUGGGGGAACAAGGUUGUGUGAUGCUCGAGAGAUGUCCCAAUGAGGUUCCAGAAUCAGAAGAAGAAACAGACAUCGAUGAACUACAUGAGUCUCUUAAGCAAAGCACAGACUUUACAAGUGUUUUACCGGUCUGCAAUUCAUCGAUGGUUACUAGACUGAAAGGAAAUGUUAUAGGGAGAUUGUGUAUCGCAACAGCUGAGAAAAUACCUUCAUCGGAACUUAUGGACACAACAGGUGCAGGAGAUGCGUUCACGGGAGGUUUGCUCUAUGGUUUAUGCACAGACAUGGAUCUAGAAGAAACGUUGACAUUUGCAUCUCGAGUCGCAGCUUGUUGCUGCAGAGGUUUAGGGGCCCGAACAACUCUUCCAUUCCGUACUGAUCCAAAUCUUGCAGCUUUCUUGGGGGCAUGACCGUAAUUUGAUUGUCCUUGACGGAUCAACACUCAAGGUCAAGUUCUUAAAAUGGGUCUGUAUAUAUUUGAAUUUUAUAAAAUAAGAAAUAAAAUAAUUGAUUUGGAAAAUAAAUAUAAACUAUUGUUUUAACGAGUUAUAAAUCAUAUUCUCGUUUGUGACAUCGUCGUUCUUUACGUGUGUAUCAUGUGAACAAGCAAAAAUAAACAAAGUAUUUUGUAUUAAACUAUUA